GCUCACUCGCAUGAAUAUUAUUAGAUCUGUACGGCCACCGUGUUUUCGCGCAAGUAUUCUCUCUCGAUUUACGACACACCGCAUGUCGUCCACCGCACCGAAGCGAAUCUUUCCUCCUCUGUACAGUGCUACCGGAAAUGUGGGGAAGGAUCGGCUAGCGUUCUUUCACAUAAUAGAACGUUUAAAAACACAAAAGCGAACUGGUUGGGUUCAGCAUAAGAUCCCUGAGCCCGAAAGCAUCGCAGAUCAUAUGUAUCGUAUGGCUGUCCUGGCCAUGUGCUGCGAAGAUGCGACAUUAGACAUCGCCAAAUGCGUCAUGCUUGCGGUGGUUCAUGAUCUGGCCGAGGCGCAAGUAGGAGAUAUAGCCCCAAGCGAAGGGUUCUCCAAGUCCGAGAAGAAUAGACUGGAAGCAGAAGCGAUGGAGAACUUCGUUCAGGAAAUGCUUCAUGAGAGCGAGGUUGGCUUGCGAAUACAGGCUCUUUGGAUGGAAUACGAGGAAGGAAAGACACCAGAAGCGCGUUUUGUGAAAGAUUUGGACAGGAUGGAGAUGGCUCUACAGGCAACGGAAUAUGAGAAGCGGUACGAUCGUGAUCUGCAAGAAUUUAUAGACUCGAGUAUCCCCAAGUUACAACAUCCCGAAGUCAAGCAGUGGGGCGAUGCUUUAAUGGAAGAACGACAAGCACGAAGUACUGAGAAUCCGAGCUCAUCUUGA